GCAUUGAAUGAUUGAAUGGAUGCGUAAUAUAUUGUAUUGAAUACUGAAUACAGUAUUGAAUUGAUUGUCAGUUUCAUUGAAAUUAUCACUCAAUUAGACAUUCAAUCCAUUCAUUCAUUUGAAUCUCUCUUUCAACACAUUUACCACUGAUUAUCACCAAAGAUGGGAAACAAAUCCUCACUUAUGCUUCAAAAUGAAGAGAUAAUAGCCAUUCAAACGGAGACCGGAUUCAGUCCUUCACAGAUCGAGAGACUGUACAGUCGUUUCACGAGUUUAGACAAAGGAGACAACGGAACCCUUUCGCGCGAAGACUUCCUCCGCAUACCAGAGUUGGCAAUCAAUCCAUUGGGCGAUCGU